AUAAUUGCUGAACAUUUUGAUAUAAAAGGCCCUCCGUUCAGGGUUUUCGCACACUCUCGCGGCCGUUUAUUAUCUUCGUUGCCGGGUUUAUCUCGCUUUCUAGGGUUUUCUUCAAUUGCUCUCCAAAUCUAUCUCAAAGAUGGUUCUCCCGAAUGAUAUUGAUCUGCUAAAUCCUCCGGCCGAGCUGGAGAAAAGGAGACACAAGCUCAAGCGGCUUGUUCAGUCCCCAAACUCCUUUUUUAUGGAUGUCAAAUGCCAGGGCUGUUUCAAUAUCACUACCGUAUUCAGCCAUUCGCAGACCGUGGUUGUCUGUGGGAAUUGCCAGACUGUGCUAUGCCAGCCGACCGGAGGGCGUGCCAGGCUCACAGAGGGAUGCUCCUUCCGGCGCAAGGGUGAUUAGCGAAGUUGGUAGCCUGUAACCCACACUCAUCACUGUUUUUACCUUUACACAUGCAAAUUCGAUAUGCAUAUGCUGUUGCUUUCAUUCUAGGUUCUGAUCUUCUGUUCUUAUGUAAGAAACUAGGGGAGUGUAGUUUUGCUUUACCAUCUACUAUGUAUUAAACGAAAUAGUUGUUUUCUCUCUGUGUUCUAUUAGUGCUUAAUGCUUAUGGUUCGAGUCCUUUGUUUUUAAUAUUAUGAUUUGUUGUGCUUAUCUUUGGAGUGACUAUGGAUUAAUCAGCAGUGCUUUCUUGUU